AUGUUGUGGUCGAUCCUCCUGAUCUUGGUGAUCACCACAAUUGUUUUCGCUGCGGAUGGCGCGGAUGAAGUGGACAUGAAGUCCGCCUUUGUUCAUCUUGUGCAAAAUUUCUCGGACAUUGGAAGUACGCUAGACGCCUUACCUAAGGAAUGCACAAAACUUGGAAAAACAUACAAAGAGGGCGAGGAUUUUAUUGUUGGAAACUUGCGAUAUAAAUGCCGGAAAUAUGGCGUGUAUACAAUUGAAGGAUGUAUUACGGACCAGAAAGAAAAUCUGAAGAUUGGAGAAGUUGUCGUAAGAAACAAUAUCAAAUCGCAGUGUUUAGGCGUUCAUUUUUCUACAGGAAGUUCAGUUUUCUACAGAGAGACUCCGUGCGGUACUUUGGGCGAGCCGAAAUGUGACAGAAUAGGUCCACCUAAAAGUUAUGAAGAGGCCAAAAAGGAAGCGCAAAACACUGCGAAUUUCACGGGAAUUUCGGUGCCUGGUCUUCCACCGGGCUGGAAGCUUAUAGAGCAAAGACAGCAAGCUGUUCCUGGUACUAAUAAGCGGAUGUUAUCGCGAACACUAUUGUAUAACAUUGCUGGAAGCACAAGUAGACGCUGCGGCAGAUGUAUAGAUCCGGAUGUAAUAGAUACAAUGGCUGCAAAUGUUUCUUAG